CAGCAGUAACCAAGACAAUAUAUAAGGCUGAAAUUAAUGUAAACUACAAAGUUUAGAGACUGACACUUUGUGAAAAGAAAGAAUGCGUUUUCCAUUGUGGCUUCUUAUCUGUGCUCUCUCCACAGCUCUGAUGGAAGCCGAGUCUGACCAAGAACGUUUUGCACAUUUAAAGCAAACUGGGUCACAGGGAAAAGAACCAGCAAAUGAACAGCAACAGACCUGUUCAUGUGACAUCCAUGCAGUGCUGAGAGAAAUGAGUGCCUCACUGGCUGCACUGAAGGUGGAGGUGAAGUACUUACAGCGAGAGAAUGAAGAGCAAGCAGCCAAGUUGGGAAAACUGGAGUUGCAAGAGACUAAAUUGGACGAACUGAAACAACAGUGUGAAGCACAGGCUGAAGAACUGAUUACCAUUAAAACCAGAGCAAACAUCACAGAAAACCAGGUGGAGGCUCUGAAGAUUGAAGGAAAAGUUAAACAAGUGGCUUUCUCAACAUCUUUGCUCGACUCUGCAUCAGGAUAUGUUGGACCAUUCAAUACAGAAACUAAUCUGGUGUUCAGACAUGUUGUUACAAAUGUUGGAAAUGCCUAUAACCAGAAUACAGGUUUUUUCACCGCACCAGUGAGAGGAGUCUAUCACUUUGAGUUCUACAUGUAUGGACAUGGACAUGAUUCACACGGUUCAGGUGGUGUGUUGGUCAAGAAUGGAAAACAUGUGUUUAACGCAUAUGACCAUCGUGCUACUGGCGAUCUUAACUCUGCGAAUGGAGUCACACUGCUGUUAGAUGUUGGAGACAUUGUGUUUAUGCGGCAGUGGGCUAACACAAGGAUUUAUGACAAUGAAAACUGCCAUACAACCUUCAGUGGACAUCUGGUUUUCCAUCUGAACUUCAUGCAGAAACUGACAAUGAAAUUACUGGACAUUUAAGACAAAGCACGUCAGAGGGAAAAGAACCAGAAAAUCCCUCAGAACAUCAACAAACCUGUACAUAUGACAACCAUGCUGUGUUGAGAGAGAUGAGCGCCUCACUGGCUGCGCUGAAGGUUGAGAUGAAGCACGUACAAAGAGAGAAUGAAGGACAUGCAGCUAAAAUGAAAGGACUGGAGUUGCAAAAUAGUGAGCUGAAGCAACAGUACCAAGUUAAGUCCACUAUUGAACCCUUACAAAUAUUUAUAUAGGCUAUCUAAUUAACACGGCAAUGAGCACAAAAAAAAAAGAAAAAAAUCAAA